UCCCCUCUGUGAUUUGUUGAACAUUCCAUUCCUCUGCAAGUUGGAACAAACCUGAAUUCCAAUUCCUUAUACAAAUAAAAAGAACUCUUUUUUCUUCGCAUCUUGAGUUUCUUCUUCCAUUAUCCCUCUAGAUCUUCCAAUGGCGCUGUACUCCACUCACAGUUGCAUCUCUACUGCUUUCUUGAAUUCCUCCGUCAAGAAUCAAGGGAGAUGCCUCUUCGAAAGGAGCAAAAUGGACUUCACCUUCUUCUCCGACGUCUUCGCACGUUCUAGGGUUCUUCAGACGAAAUGCUUCAACGGGCAUCUGAUCCCCGUGGAAAAUGGCAUUGGUGAUAGUUCAAUUGUGGAUGGAUCUGCUAAGCAUUUUAAUGUCAGUCCGGAUCAUUCUUCUAGUUCAGUACAAAAUAAAACCACAGUAAGCGUCACAGUUGUUGGAGCCUCUGGAGAUCUCGCAAAGAAGAAAAUAUUUCCUGCACUUUUUGCACUCUAUUAUGAGAAUUUUCUUCCUGAGCAUUUUACGAUAUUUGGCUAUGCCCGUAGUAAGAUGUCUGAUGAAGAGCUGAGGAACAUGAUCAGCAGAACACUAGCAUGCAGAAUAGAUAAAAGUGCAAAUUGUGGUGACAAGAUGGAAACGUUUCUCCAGAGGUGCUUCUACCAGUCAGGGCAGUAUGAUUCUGAAGAUAACUUUAAGGAGUUGGAUAAGAAAUUGAAAGAAAAAGAGGCGGGAAGAUUGCCAAACAGAUUAUUUUACUUGUCAAUCCCUCCAGAUAUAUUCAUUGAUGUCAUCAGAUGCGCCACCUUUUCUGCUUUUUCUCCCACUGGUUGGACUAGAGUAAUAGUUGAGAAGCCCUUCGGCCGCGACUCUGAAUCUUCCAGAGAGCUUACAAAAUCUCUAAUGCAAUAUUUAACGGAGGAUCAAAUUUUCAGGAUUGAUCAUUACCUGGGAAAAGAACUCGUGGAGAAUCUAUCUGUGCUUCGUUUCUCCAAUCUCGUGUUCCAGCCCCUAUGGUCGAGGCAAUACAUCCGAAACGUGCAGCUCAUAUUCUCUGAAGAUUUCGGAACCGAGGGUCGAGCCGGUUACUUUGAUAGCUAUGGAAUCAUUCGCGACAUAAUGCAGAACCAUCUUCUCCAGAUACUGGCACUGUUCGCCAUGGAAACUCCCGUGAGCUUAGAUGCAGAGGAUAUUCGGAACGAAAAGGUUAAAGUGUUGAGAUCAAUGAGGCCGUUGGAAAUAGAAGAUGUUGUGAUUGGGCAGUAUAAGGGCCACUCAACGGGAGGGAAAUCUUAUCCUUCUUACACUGAUGAUCCCAAAGUGGCGAAGAACAGCCUCACUCCAACAUUUGCUGCUGCGGCUAUGUUUAUUGAUAAUGCCAGAUGGGAUGGUGUGCCUUUUUUGAUGAAGGCUGGGAAGGCCUUGCAUUACAAUGGAGCUGAGAUUAGAGUGCAGUUCAGACAUGUGCCUGGCAAUCUGUACAGAAGAAGCUUUGGAACAUAUCUGGAUAAGAAUACUAAUGAGCUCGUCAUUCGUGUUCAACCGAAUGAAGCCAUAUAUCUUAAGAUAAACAAUAAGGUUCCAGGUCUCGGCAUGAGGCUUGACAUAAGUAACCUCAAUCUCCUAUAUUCUGCAAAGUACAGUAGAGAAAUACCAGAUGCGUAUGAGAGACUGCUAUUAGACGCAAUAGAAGGUGAGCGCAGGCUUUUCAUUAGAAGCGAUGAGCUUGAUGCCGCCUGGGCUCUGUUCACCCCUUUGCUGAAGGAAUUAGAAGCCAAACAUGUUUCUCCUGAGCUCUAUCCCUUCGGAAGCAGAGGCCCCGUCGGAGCACAUUAUCUCGCGGCUAAGUAUAAUGUCAGGUGGGGUGAUCUUACCGAUGCUGAUUCUUAAAAGAAUCCAUUGGGACGGGCAUGACUGUCUGGGGAAUAAUAAGAGUUUGUUUUUGAAAGUUACUGUUAUGUAACGUCUGAAGGUCAAAAUUUUAAUGCGCUAUCAUGCAUGCAAAGUUAAACGAUUACAUUUUGAGGGGUAUGGAUGUAAAAAGUAAAAUUUUGUGGUUAGAUUUGUAAAUAGAUU